AUGCCUCGUCUCUACCAUAGGUCUCAGCUCGCGCUGCAUAUCAAGCGGGCCAUUUGUGCCCAACAUGUGGCAAACCCUCUGCUGCGCCACGUGGACCUCGCGCGUUGGUGUUUCAUGCGUUUUGGUGUGAGACCCGACCGUUCGACCAUUGGUCGCGUUCUCAAAGGCGCCGACCGAUGGCACAUUCCCGAUGACGCCGUGGACGCCAUUCGCGUCCGCGGCGGGGCAUACCCCGAUCUGGAGCGCGCGAUGGCACGCUGGAUUGCCAAUGCAGGCCCCGCUGGCGUCCCGCUCACCCUCGCCACUAUUCGCGACCAUGUUGCCACGAUGGCGCGUGCGAACGGCGCUCCGCCGACUUUCCGUUGCUCCAUCGGCUGGGUCCGCCGUGCGCUGCGCCGCCAGGGAGUACGGUGCAUGAGCGCGGUCGGCGAGGCGGCCGACCAGGAUCUGAACGCCGUGCGAACCACUAAGGAGAAGCUUCCUCGGCUUCUCAUGCAUCUCGGCGUGCGCCCGCGUGAUACAUUCAAUUUUGACGAGACUGCGCUGUACAUCAGCGUGCUUCCUCGCAAAACGUACGGCACGGGCAGGUCGGCUGGGCGGAAAGUUCCAAAGGAUCGCCUCACCGUCGGCUUCUUGGUUAACGCGGAGGGGACGCACGCCUUCCGUCCGCUCGUCAUCUCCAAGGCUAAGCGGCCCCAUGAUUUCAGGCCGGAUUUUGACCCCGAGGAGUAUUGCUACUGGCGCAACACCGCUAAGGGGUGGAUGACCAAAGCCCUCUUCACGCACUUCUUUGAGCAGCUGGACACCGCCAUGUACGCGGAGGGCCACCAGGUCGUCGUGCUGCUCGACAACGCGAGCAGUCACACCCUGACAACCGAGGGCGCAGAAACCGAGGACCUCUUCGGCAUCCGCACGCGGAAGCUCAAUAACAGCACUAUCCAGCGCUGCUGGUGGCGCACCGAGUGCCUUCCGCGGGCGUGGGCGAUGGAACUCCCGCACGUGGAACAGAGCGCUGCCCCCCAGGUCCAGGCUGGCAGUGACAUUGGCCUGGACGAGGAGGUGAAUGACGUCGGCGUCUUAAUCGAUCGCCUCUGCCUCGGGCCGUCCGCUAUGCCUGCGGCAGAGUUCGUCGGAAUUGAUGACAACCAGCCGACGUGCGCCGAGCCGGGCGAGGACCCCCUGGCGCGGGAGCCGGCGUCGGCGCAGACGGCGCAUAUGUGGGAGGCGCCUGCGGCGAUGCAAGCGGUGUACGACGAUAACAACCCAGCGACGCGCGAAGCACGUCGCACGGCACACGCCGCCUGCGAGAUGCUCAUUGGGUACGCGCGUGCGACGUGCAUCACGCCGAGGGAUCUGUGCGCGCUAUUUGACAUCCGCAACCCCCUGAUCAUCGCGCGGAUGGAGCGCGCAAGCCCGGCACUUAACCUUAACGCUACUCCGCCGCCAGCGCCGACGCACGAGGACACCCCGCAGGCAGAGACUCCACGUCGCCGCGGUCGCGUUCUGUCGGCAUGGAUGACGGUGCCGACCCCUGACUGGAUUGCCCAGUCUGCUCGCCGGCAGGAGCUUAUCGACGCUGGCGCUCCCGCCGUGAUGAGCGGCUAUCUCGCUGCGCCAGAGUGGAUGAGGCUGUGA